GAGGACCGUGGGAAGAUCCAGGAUCUUUUCUCACCGCAUUUUCGCUGGACCACAAUUCUGCUGUGGUUUAUUUGGUAAAUAACUUCAACCCUUUUAACAAAGAAAAACUUUUUAUUUCUAAAUACAGGUAAUUAAAAGUUAGUACAUCACAUCUGAUGACUAAUUUCCACUUUCCUACAUCUCUAAAACAUAACCAGUACUGCUCUGUUACAUACUUUGAUUAAAUGUCUUCAUAAGAGUUGCAUCUUUAAUUAACCCAGUUUUCCUUAUGGGAAUCCUUAGAUUGACUGAGCACUGUGUUUUAUCUGUCUCAGGUUCUCUAAUGCAUUUGCCUACUAUGGCCUGGUCCUGCUCACCACUGAGCUCUUCCAGGAGGGGGGCGCCUGUGGGGGUGAGUCACUGCUCCUCUCCUCUGACAUCAUUAGCAACAUUCACACAAACACUCUCAAGGACAGCAUUAAUCUGCUGAGGCCAAACAAUCUUAUUCAUCAGUUAAUUCUUAGCGUAAUGGGAGAACAAAACAGGCAAAGGUAAUUUCCGACAUACAAUUAACAUGUCAUCUUGACAAUUAAAAACAGGAUAUUUGAGUCAUACUUCAACCAAGAAUAGCUCCUGUUGACCUCAGGUUACAUUAGCAUAUACACUGAGUGUAUAAAACAUUAGGAACACCUUCCUAAUAUUGAGUUGCACCCCCUUUUGAUCUCAGAACAGCCUCAAUUCCUCAAGGCAUGGACUCUACAAGGUGCCGAAAGUGUGCCACAGGGAUGCUGGCCCUUAUUGACUCCAAUGCUUCCCACAGUUCUCAAGUUGUCUGGAUGUCCUUUGGGUGGUGGACCAUUCUUGAUACACAUGGGAAACUGUUGAGUGUGAAAAACCCAGCAGCGUUGCAGUUCUUGACACACUCAAACCGGUGUGCCUGGCACCUACUACCAUACCCCGUUCAAAGGUACUUAAAUAUUUGGUCUUGUCCAUUCACCCUCUGAAUGGCACAAUCCAUGUCUCAAUUGUCUCAAGGCUUAACAUUCCUUCUUUAACCUGUCUCCUCCCCUUCAUCUACACUGAUUGAAGUGGAUUUAACAAGUGACAUCAAUAAGGGAUCAUAGCUUUCACCUGGAUUCACCUGGUCAGUCUAUGUCAUGGACAGAGCAGUUGUUUCUAAUGUUUUUUACGCUCACUGUAAGUCUCAAGGCCAUUUCAGGAUCUUGUGAUUCUGGAGGUCUGUAGUGAGUACCGGUGCAUCAUGUGUUUCUUGUGUUAUGUCUCCCUCUAGAGUCAAAAGCUAGUAAGAGGGAGCCCAGAUGUAGCCUGGAGUGUAAAUACCUGACCUCAGACGACUACAAGGAUCUGCUGUGGACCACCCUGUCUGAAUUCCCAGGUAUACUUCUUCAACCUCAACUCAGUCAGAAUAUUGCUAAACACAAUGAUUGCUGUAUGGGGAGCAGUGUACUGUGAAGUAAAGUAGGUUGUAAAUUGUUCUGAUCCAUAAGAAAGACUAGUUGAAUAUCUGAAUAAAUUGGUUGAUGUAUUAAUGUUGGGCAGGCCUGCUGGUGACUCUGUGGGCCAUCGAUCGGCUGGGAAGGAGGAAGACCAUGGCACUGUGUUUCUUUGUCUUCUCUCUCUGCCUUGUUCCACUCUACGCUUGUGUAGGGAGGUAAGACCAUCCAUUACAGAGUUAUUACCACUAGUAUUAGUAAUGUACUACUCUCAAGUGUAACAUGACAAACAUCACACUGUGGUGGGUCCACAACUGACAACACAGUAACAGUGUUGUUGUUAACGGUGUUGUUGUGGUUAUUAUUAACAGUGUUGUUGUUAACGGUGUUGUUGUUGUUAUUACCAGUGUGCUUGUUAACAGUGUUGUUGUUGUUGUUAUUAACAAAGUUGUUAACGGUGCUGUUGUUAUUGUUAUUAACAGUGUUGUUGUUAACGGUGUUGUUGUUAUUACCAGUGUUGUUGUUAACAGUGUUGUUGUUGUUGUUGUUGUUGUUAUUAACAGUGUUGUUGUCUCUGCUCCAGGACCUGGCUGACAGUAUUAAUAUUCAUCGCCAGGGCCUUCAUCGCAGGAGGUUUCCAGGCUGCUUAUGUCUACACCCCUGAGGUGAGGUGAUCGGCCAUGGAACCACAUGUACUCCAUGGCUACAUUAUCAACUCUAUAGAACGUCAGCUCUUACUCUAAAAACAAAGCUGACUUGGCCUUGAUUACAGGUAUGGAUGUGGCCAAACACUACUUUGAUAUCUAACCAGAUCAAACACUAGCUCUGCCUCUUCCUCUGUUAUUGUAUAACUAUGUCUUGAGGUAAUGUAUGGCUUAAAGAUUAUACUACAUUUCAGACAUCAGCUUUCUGUUCAGUUGUAUUUCUUUGAUAGGUUUGUGACUAAACGAAGGACUAGUUCUUUGCUUCGUACUCUUCUUCCCCAUUGGUUUCUAAUAAGUGUCAAUAUGGUACAAACUAAAUCAUACUGUAAAUGCAAAUAAGGCGUGAAAUGGACAUUCCCCUUUGUGUAAACCACUUGACGUGUCUGUCCUGAAUGUUUAUGAAUUAUGUAUUCCUAUGGUGUUCUCCUGACUCCUUAGGUAUAUCCAACAGCAACCAGAGCAUUAGGUCUGGGCACUAGUAGUGGAAUGGCCAGAGUGGGAGCCCUCAUCACACCCUUUGUUGCACAGGUAAAAUGUUUUAUUUUAUUUUUUAUGUUACCACAACCAAUAUAAAGUAUAUUUGCUUUGUACUUAAUGUGUACUGAAAGAAAGUCACACCUUCACAGAGAGACACAGCCUACUGCAAAGGGGCUGGUGAUACUGUUUUCAUUUCUCCUCCCUGUCCUGCAGGUGAUGUUGGAGUCUUCUGUGUACCUGACUCUGUCAGUGUACAGCAUCUGCUGCCUGCUGGCUGCCAUCGCCUCCUGUGCUCUGCCCAUUGAGACCACUGGCCGGGGCCUCCAGGAGUCCAGCCACCGUGAGUGGGGCCAGGAGAUGAUGGGCCGGGCCCAUGCCAACAGCUCUGGGGGCAUCCCACACUCCGACUCUGGGUCCCAGGAGGACUGA